CCCGCCUAUGCACCCGGAAGACGAGAAUGUCCGAAUUGUUCUUAGCAAUAAAGUUCUGUGAUGGACGACGUCACGUCCUGCUAGUUAGCGCACUUCCGGGGGAGAGCGAGGGAGCUGAGAAAGUGGGGAGCAGAGAGGUUUCUUUCUUAGUGCAUCCCCCAGGACCCACUGCUGACCAUGGAUUUCCAACACAGAGCAGGUGGGAAGACUGGCAGUGGAGGAGUUGCCUCUGCAUCCGAGAGCAACCGGGAUAGAAGGGAACGUCUCAGGCAGCUGGCACUGGAGACAAUUGAUAUCAACAAGGACCCCUAUUUUAUGAAGAAUCACUUGGGCUCAUAUGAAUGCAAGCUGUGUCUUACUCUUCACAAUAAUGAGGGCAGUUACCUGGCGCAUACACAAGGAAAAAAGCAUCAGACCAAUUUGGCUCGGCGUGCUGCAAAAGAAGCUAAAGAAGCCCCUGCACAACCAGCCCCUGAAAAGGUUAAGGUUGAAGUAAAAAAGUUUGUGAAGAUUGGACGCCCUGGUUAUAAAGUGACAAAGCAAAGAGAUUCUGAAUGUGGCCAACAGUCUCUGCUAUUUCAGAUUGAUUAUCCAGAGAUAGCAGAAAGCAUCAUGCCUAGACAUAGAUUCAUGUCUGCCUAUGAGCAGAGAAUUGAACCCCCUGACAGACGUUGGCAGUACCUUUUAAUGGCAGCAGAGCCCUACGAAACCAUUGCAUUUAAGGUUCCAAGCAGGGAGAUUGAUAAAGUGGAAGGAAAGUUUUGGACACACUGGAAUAGAGAAACUAAACAGUUCUUCUUACAGUUUCACUUCAAGAUGGAGAAACCACCAACUGUAGCCACCAUAGCUCCUGCACCACCUGGUGUUAAACGUCCCCCUCCACCAUUGCUGAAUGGAAUGCCUCCUCGACCGCCUAUUCCAGAAAACAUGCCCCCGCCACCUCCAGGUGGAAUGCCACUACCUCCCAUACCUCCUGGAGCACCAGCUCCCCCAGUGCCACCACCUCAACUUCCUCCUGCUCCUGGAGUGCCACCUCCUGGUGUACCACCUCCGGUGCCUCCUCCCUCCUUACCCCCUCCAGGUGUUCCACCUCCUGGUGUACCACCACCACCACCAAACCCUGCUGUGCCGCCUCCUGGAGUUCCCCCGCCUGGAAUUCCUCCUCCCGGAAUUCCUCCACCAGGGGUACCACCACCACCAGCACCAGGAGUUCCUCCUCCUCCAACUCCAGGUGUGCCGCCUCCAGCACCUGGAGUUCUCCCACCUGGACCUAUGCCCCCCAUGUUAAGACCACCUUUACCAAGUGAAGGACCAACAAAUAUCCCCCCACCACCUCCAACAAAUUGAGACGACUUAUGCUUGUGGCUGUGAGUGUACGUUCACCUUUUUUGUAGAAUGUAUUUUUUUUUUUUUUUUUGAUCACUUUAAUA